AUGAGAUUCAAUUCAUUCAAGCUCAAACGGCGGGCCCACUCUCUUAGCCGAACAAGCACUGAACAGUCAUGGAAUGUCUUUCGUCAGAUCAACUGGAGCCGCAACUUUUCCCGCGAUGGCGCCUCGGGUGAGUCUGGACGGAAACGGGAGGAUGAAGAUGAUGCUCAGAGCAAAUCACUGGGAAAGCACCAACCUUUCACGGCCGCCAACCAGAUCCAGCGCACACUGCUCAGUUCGUGGAUCAACAUCCUCCUCCUGGCAGCGCCUGCCGGCAUCGCGAUCAACUAUGUCUCCUCAAUCAGCCGAGUUGCCGUCUUCGUAGUCAACUUCAUCGCCAUCAUUCCCCUGGCGGCCAUGCUGGGUUUUGCGACGGAGGAAAUCGCUCUACGGACCGGCGAAGUCUGGGGCGGACUGAUCAACGCAACUUUCGGAAACGCCGUGGAACUCAUAGUCGCCAUCUUGGCUCUGGUGAAGCACGAGUACGUCAUCGUGAGGACUUCCCUCAUUGGGUCCAUCCUCUCGAAUCUACUGCUCGUCAUGGGCUGCUGUUUCUUCUUCGGCGGUCUGAGACGCCCGCAACAGUACUUCAAUGAGACAGCCGCGCAGACGGCAACGUCUCUCCUCGCGCUCGCCAUCGCCGCCGUCAUCAUUCCCACAGUUUUCGACUACACCACGGACAACCCGGUCAAGGACAUCGCCGGUCUCUCGCGCGGCACCUCUGUGAUUCUGCUCGUCGUCUACAGCGCCUAUCUCCUCUUCCAGCUCAAGACCCACAAGACGAUCUUCUCCGAGGAGAGCCAAAAGGUCGCCGCCAAGCCCUGGACCAGAAGUUCCCUCGAUGAGGGCGCCGUGGGGCGAGGUAUCGCGCUGCCUGGUGCUCUCAUGAGUGGCGGGGUUUCUGAUGGUAACGAGAACUCGGCCGUUUUCAAGCAGGCUGGUAGCGAUGGGGAAGAGGAAGAUGAGGAGGAGGAACCCCAGCUGCACUUCUUCGUCGCGCUCGGCACUCUCGUCUUUUCCACCGUCAUCAUCGCCCUGUGCGCCGACUACAUGGUGGACUCGAUCGACUCGGUGACGGAGAACAGCAGUCUCAAGAAGGAAUUCGUCGGUCUGAUUCUUCUCCCGAUCGUGGGCAAUGCGGCCGAGCACGCCACGGCCGUCACCGUCGCCAUCAAGGACAAGAUGGAUCUGGCAAUUGGUGUUGCCGUCGGGUCCAGCAUGCAGGUUGCGCUGCUCCUCUUCCCGCUCCUCAUUAUCAUCGGCUGGGGUCUGGGACUGGAUGAGAUGAAUCUCAGCUUCGACCUGUUCCAGGUGGCAGUCAUGUUUGUUGCGGUCCUCCUAGUCAAUUACCUCAUUGCCGAUGGCAAGAGUCAUUGGCUGGAGGGCUUCCUGUUGAUCUGCUUAUAUUCAAUCAUCGGCACCUGUGCUUUUUAUUAUCCCAACAAUCAAAGUAAUUCAUCGGAGUAG